AUGUCCGUGGACAUGUAUCCAUACUUGGUCACGCGGUACGAGGCGAUACUGGACAAGGACCUGGAGCGCAUGAAUGAAGCGCCGCGGAUAGCCACGCCCGCUGGGAUGCUCCCGCAGAUUUCGAGCAACUGGGGGGUCAGGUUUGAGCAGAUGGGCCAUUUGUUGUACAGGUGGCUCGAGACCACGGACUUUGUCAACUCGGACGAAACUAUGUUCCUCUCAAAGUCCAAAAAAGCAAAGCGAAAUAUCCGCAGCCUCCUCGCGCGCAUCAUCAGCAGAAUGGGCUAUUACGUUCGCCUAGCACGACUCAUCCCCGAGCAUCCCUCAGAUGACAGGGAGCAUCUCCGCGAGCUGAUCCGCUUUCUGUACUUCACGAUCCUGCAUUUCGGCAUCCUCCUCGUCGCGAGCCCGGGGAUUCGCAGUUAUGCUGGCGUCGCGGCAAAGCUCAGGGCGGACCUGCUGUCAAACGAGAAAGAAAUUACCGUUUUCAAAGCGACAUGGAUCAAGAGAAAGCUCGACGAGGCCCCGGCUUCUGUCGAAGAGGCCAGAGAUUCCGAUACCAGUACAAGUACACGACAUGGUGACAUGGAGUCUGGCUCAGAUGCAAGCACUUUUGGUCAUCCAGCAAGUCCUGGUCAACUUCUGAUGAUUGUGCUCCAUCUGCUAAUCCUGCUGAAUCUGCCAGCCCUGUGGUCCAGUACUUCCACCCCCGAUCGCCGACUGAAAGCAUCUGCAAUGGCCGCCACUUUUGUUAACCGAAGCAUAUCCAGCGCCGGAUAUUGCCAGACGACAAAGAAAGACAUAGAAAAGAAUGCUGCUUCGGAUCUUUGUAAUCGUGGAGCCGCCAACCUCACGUAUGCGCAGCGUGGUUUUGAUCAAUGUGGCCUAAGCUUUGGCUAUAGCGUUUAUCUACAUUGUUUCUCUAGCAUUCAAUAG